AUGGCUGCUGACUGGCAACCCGAGUGCCUCAUGCCUCAGAACCAGCCGUCCCUGGAGUCUGUGGGAGCCCAUACCGACCGAGCUUUGCAGAAUACCUCUGGGAAUGUCCAGUCUUACUCUGAUAGUCUGGUUCAUGGAGACAUCGCUGCCCGCGAUGAGCAUCUCCAGCAGCUGGCCUUCAAGUAUCCUCAUGCGGCUCCUGCCCCUCAAACUGUUGCCGCCCCCAGUCUAGCUCACCAGCAGGCCGUGGCUGCCCGGUUGCAUGCACGCAAGCUGCGGCGCCUACACUCUGUUGGUCCUAAUGUAGCUCCUCGACGGGGACGCAGCUACCUCAAAUCUCAGAAGUAUUUGGAGUAUCGGGCACGUCCUCGACGUGACACUGGAAAGGAUGGAGAGCCUGUGUGGUCUGACGAGUUGGAAGAUGCCUUCCAGCAGGCCCUCGAAGCAAACCCUCCAAUGGGACGGAGAAAGUGGUCGGAACGUGGAAAGUCAUAUGGACGGAAUGAGCUGAUUGCCGAGUACAUCUUCAAGUUGACCGGCAAAAGGAGGACUCGGAAGCAGGUGUCGAGUCAUCUUCAAGUUUUGGACUCGUUUCUGAAGGGUGACCCUGAUUGGGAGCGUCUAGUUCGAGAGCAGUCGGGCGAGCGAUCAAGCAGCCAUUCUGGAACAUCCGUCCCGAAAUGGAGAUCCUCCAUGGACCAUCAUACCGCAUCCAGUCACUAUGGUCAUGCACACCCGUCAUAUCAGGAUCCUAUGAGAUCAGUGCAGCCAUAUGGUGGUGAUUUGCCUCCGCCCCACUACACACUGGGUUCAAACAUGCAGGAAGUAGGCACCAAGAACAUCCACGGCUUCAGUUUUGAUAUGUGGGUGAGUGCGCCUCAGCAAGCCAACCGCAUCGACAAGGCCCUCCACGCAUACACUCGUCUUCAAGGAGAUCUCCACCAUCCUAUUGCGCCUCCCAUGCCAUUGGAAAAUGUCAGUGGAUGGCGUUCCUCUUUCCCUCAUCUGGCUUCUACUCUCGAUGACAUGAAUGGCCCUCUGGACUGUGAUAUCAUUCUUUUGGAAGUCAACCUCGAACUUAUGACCGAUUUCCCUCCCUCGGGUUCUCGACUCGGCAUUCAAUUGGAUCUUGACUUCGGCCACCCCACGGCUGGAGAUGUGCUAAUGGUUAACCAAAUGGAGAACUGGACGUGCAGCACUCGUCUCUAUGAAGAGGGGCGGGAGCUGUGGGAAACCUACAACGACCUUCCCAAGCCUCAAUCGACCAAGGUCAAACCACUUUUCGAAUCAUCCUGGUGGGCUCGGCUCUUCACUGAGUUGACCCAGGAUAAGCGCAUUGCGGAGGAUUCGGGCCAGCCCGAGUCGAUCCAUGCUACAGACGAACGCACUCGCCGUUACUUCCGCUCUCUGUCUGCAGUACAGGAGCUCCGCGCGAUCCCUCCCAGUUCCCGGCGGCUGUCGAACCAGUUUCAAUCUCACCAGGUCGAAGAAAGCGAGCGCAUGGCAAUUCUGGUUUGGAAAUUCCGCCAGACCCGGCCCGGUGAAGUUGGCACAACCACUUGGCGCCGCUUGAUUCCGCCUCCAGACCGCACUCAGACGAACAGCCCGCGGCCCAACUCUGGUGGUGUGGACCUUCCUCCUCUGUCCCUGGACUCCAUUCUCCUCAACAAACCCACCCAGAGCGUCUAUCAGACGCCUCAGCCUCAAGACUUCUCUCACCACCAGGGACACUCCCAGCAUCAAUGGCCAAUGUACCCUCAAUCCCACGAUAAUGUGGCUAAUAUCUUUAACUCCUCUGGUCACCUGGACUUUAUGUCGGCCAUCACCAAACCAGAAGACAGUCUUGGUGAUAAAACUGCCGUGACCUCGGUGCUCGACUCUUUCUCCACUAGUCUCGCUCCCGAGACCUCCCAACCGACCAGUAUGAGCGUUACCAGCGGCGGACCCAUGAUGCUCAACAUGCACGGCCUUCCUCUCACCCACCCCAGCAUGGGAUACAACAUGGGUCCUGAUACGAGCCAGUAUGUGCCACCUCAACAACAUGGCGUGAACAUCCACGACAGCAAUAACGUGCUCGACGGGUUCUUUGGCCCCGGCACACAGACCCUCGAUGACCUGAGCCAGGGCCACGCCUCGUGGGGAACGCAUUCUACCUCUAUUCCCGGCGAUGUGAGCGGCGGCGGGUAUCACCACAUGCCCUUCCAGACAGAGCACCAGGUGCCCGCCUCGCGCGAGUCGCAGCAGCCGCAUCAAUCGCAUCACUUUGAUGGAUUGAUGGCGCCCGACGAUCUGAUGGAUAAGCUUGUCGGGCGCAUGUCGAAUGAUCCUAGCAUGCACGGGGCGGGCCCUGAGCAUGCGAAUAGCGGCUAUGCCGAGAAUCCGGUGGAUGCGGUUUAA